AUGAAUACGCAAUUCAACUCUGCGCUCAAGCAGUCCACUUCUAUAAAACGAGAUCUUGCUGGUCUAUCGUCAUCCGAUGGCGCACCUCCUACACCCGCUGCGCUUGGUUCUCUCUCCGCGUCGCUGACGGCUUUUUCGCGAACUCUCGACGAGUACAAUGCGCUGGCAAAGCAAGAACUGAAUCCUGCAAAACAAGAAAAGGCUUAUGAGCGGAUUAAGAAUUUUCGAGCGGAGCUAUCUUCGUUCCGGACACAGCUAGACGAACUAAAGACGCAACGAGAAGAUACGCUACACACUCAAAACCGAACUGAGCUUCUUGGUCGACGACCCUUUACCACCUCCACCCCCGAAAACCCGUACGCAAACACGCCGACACCACCGCAGUCUUCAUCUUCCCCUUCGGUUCCCGCGAACCGCUAUGGCAGUGGUGGCCAGUUAAGCAUGGGUAGUAACGACUAUACGCGGGAGACGCACGCUUUGCGGGAGCAGAACUUUUUCGCGAGUACGAAUACAGCGCUUGAUGAGUAUAUCGCGCGAGGGCAGGCCGUACUCGGGGACCUAGGUACGCAGCGUGAGAUGUUAAAGAAUACGCAGAAGAGAUUAUACAGUGUCGCCAACACGCUCGGUGUUAGUGGGGACACGAUACGCAUGAUCGAGAGAAGAGCGAAACAAGAUAAGUGGAUCUUUGGCGCCGGCGUGAUAACCUUCUUUGGGUUUUGUUGGCUGUGUCUACAUUUUCUCCGAUAG